AUGCGACUGUGCUUUCACAGCAGUCCAAAAAUUUGGAAUUCAAUUUCGAUUCGUCUACAUUUAAAUUUUGGAAUAAAAAUGUUUGCACGUUGGCAUCGUCGGCGUCUCGCGAUAGUUAGCCUUAUCACACUGGUUUUCUACUGUAUUUUAUCAUCGCGAUAUAGUGAAUACAAGAUCGACACGAUCAUUCAUCGUACCAAACCGGAAGUCGUUUACGAGUAUGUUGCUGAUUUUAGCAAAAUGAAGAGUCUAAAUCCUACCAUAUUGGAUUUCAACAUCGUGGCCGAUCAUGGAAAUUUGGAUCAUUGGAAAUAUUCAGUGGAAUACACAGAGCAGCUCUCACACUGGCCAUACGUCAGGAAUAGUGCCGUUGGCCACUAUUCGGUGCGGAAACUGCCUCAGUCGGAAGGGGGCCAGUACUCUGUGGCGUCCACACAUAAGACAUGCUUUAUUUUAGGAUUUUUUUGCCUGAAAUCUAAUGGCGAGUUUAAAAUUUCCUAUCUAAAUGAAGAGGAUACGUUCUGCCAGGAAACGGUUCAUUAUCAGUGUCCUUUCUUGUUCGGUUGGUUCUGUCGCAGAGAAGUUGAAUUCCAGCGGAGAGCGAUAAUGGUCAAUCUGAACAAGCAUUUCAAACAGAAAGAUAACUAGAUAGUUAUCUAUACAUUCAUCAUUUUACUUAUUGGACUGCGAUCUGUAUUGCUUAGAAUAAUUAAGAAGCAAGGAAAUGCUUUUGGAAACCAUAGCAUACAGAAGUAAUAACUUGGAGCAAUUUUGUGUAUGUUUGUGAGUGUAGGCAUAUGUUUUCUGUAUAUCAUCGAGUUGAGUAGAUCUGUAUCCCCGAUUGUAAAAUAACGGCAAGGCAACGCAAAUUCUAGAAAAAAGAUUUAAUCUCAACAGAUGUUGUACGUGCGAUAUGUAUGCAUUGCAAUAUUAAAGUUAAAGUUGAAACAAAUUUUUAGUAUUUUAUCCUUUGCUGGUAUUUUCAUGAAACGAUAAGAA